AGGCCGAACCUUCCCUCUCUUCUCCUCUAAAGUCCUCAACGCUGAAGUUUAUAACCAUACAACCAGACUCCUCUCUCUCUCUCUCUCUCUCUCUCUCUCUCUCUCUCUCUCUCUCUCUCUCUCUCAACCUACCCAACAUAAAAAAAAAAAAAAAAAAUCAUACUACUGUAUCGACUUGCAAUAUUGAUGGCUUGCGUGAGGAAUUGUUUCAGAAGUACCGAGGCAGAUCGACGCGCUGACACUAGAGUUUCGUCUAAUGCCGGAUCUACCUCACGAGAAGGAUUUGGGCUGAGCCAAUAUAGCUAUGGUGAACUAGCAGAAGCAACUGAUAAGUUUUCCAAUAAAAAACUCCUCGGCGAGGGCAGUUUUGGUCUAGUCUAUGAGGGAACACUGGGCGGGAAAAAAGUUGCAAUUAAGAAACUUAAAAUUCGUCCCGAUGAACGGUCGCAGUCGAAAGAAGAAUCGGAGAAGGAGAUUAAGGUUGUUAGCAAAGUGAGUCACAAAAAUCUUGUUAAGCUGUUUGGAUACUGCAUUGAAGGAGACGAUAUAUUGCUUAUUUUAGAGCAUGUUCCUGGAAAAUCCUUGAAACAUCAUUUACAUGGAGAGAAGACUUUGAAGUGGACAAAAAGAAUGAAAAUCGCCAUUGGCACAGCUAAAGGGUUGGAAUAUUUACAUGAAAACUGCACACCUAAAAUUAUUCACCGUGAUAUUAAGGCCGAUAAUAUACUUAUUGACGAUAAGUACGAGCCGAAGGUCGCAGAUUUUGGACUUGCCUUUCUUUUUCCGGAAACCGGUAGCCUUACUCACAUCACUAAAUCAAAUAAGGGAACUGAAGUUUAUGUCGAUCCAGAGCAUUAUCCUCAAAAUGUCUCUGAAAAAUUAGAUGUUUACUCCUAUGGUGUGGUUCUUCUAGAGCUAAUAACUGGGAGAAAAGUAAAGGAUGAAGGCAUUGAUAUUGUUACUUGGGCAAAAUCUCGAAUUGAAUGUGCUUUGCGUAAUGGAAACUAUGGAGAUCUUGUCGAUUCCAAAUUAUUGCAAACAAACUAUGAUGAAAAGGAAAUGGAAAUAAUGAUUUAUUGUGCUGCAGCUUGCAUAUAUAAACCUUCAAUUUCUCGCCCAAGUAUGAAUCAGAUAGUUCGAGCACUUGAAGGAUACAUGCAUCUAGAAGGAACAUGGAAUGAGAAGAAUGACAGCAUAUUCCUGAAAAGUACUACAUAUAACCCGACGCCUAAUGUAUCUCAUAGAGUUGAGCCUAAUGGAUCUGAUAAUGAGCCCUAUAGAUCUCAGAAACAGAAGCCUUUUGUCAGUUCAGAAGCUAAUUAUAAUGGCAUCGAACCUAGGGAAUUUACACUUCGAGAACACACAAUGGCAACUUAUGAUUCCUCGGAUACCACUAAUGGCACUGAGAGGUUUCAAGAUUAUCAGCAAGGGAGAACUAAUUUUCAAGAAGAUUAUCAGCUGAGAAGAUUUACUUAUCAAGAACUAACAACGGCAACUGGAGGUUUCUCUGAGGACAACCGUCUUGACGAGGGUCCUUUGGGUCAAGUCUUUAAAGGAGACCUCAAUGGUAAAAUGGUGACAGUUAAGAAGUUCAAUAAUUCUAGGAAGCAAAAAGAAGAAUACACAAAGAUGAAAGCUAUUAACCUUAUUGGAUACUGCGAAGAAGGAGUUAAUAGACUGCUCGUUUAUGAGUUUGUUCCGCAGGACAAAUCCUUGAGAUAUUAUUUAUUUGGAGAUGAGAGAUCACAUUUGGACUGGACAACUGGAGUUCGAAUCAGCCAAGCUGCGGCGACACUAAUUUAUAUCUGGAUAUUCCAGAUAAUUGCAGUUGGAGGGAUAGAUCAUCGAAUUGGAUGGACGACUUUCUUCUUGAUGAUGAUUUUCCAAAGGUUGCAGAGUAUGGACGUGAAAUGCUUUAUUCAGAUUUCCCUACUCGUAACUCCGCUAGUUGUAUGUCUCCUGAAUGCUAGUAAUAGGAAGCUCACCGAGAAGACCAAUGCUUAUUCCUGUAGAGUAAUGCAUAUGGACAUGAUGACUGGGAGAAAUCUGGUUGAUGAUAUCAGCUUUGAUGCUCAAACUAAUAUCUGGUUGAUGAUAUCAGCUUUGAUGCUCAAACUAAUAUAGUUUAUGGAUACGUACUUGUUGCUCAAUUAAUAUAGUCCGUAGAUAUUGUUGUACAUUUGUAAAGUGUAGGCAAAAAAUUUUGAAAAUUGAAGCUUAAUUAUUUGGGGAAAAAAUUGAGCCAGUUAGAUUCCAUUUGUUUUAUAAAAAAUAACUUCAAUAUGGAAUCAUAUCAUUUGGUUGUAAUGUUAAAUUAACGAUAUGUAUUUAUUUCAUA